GCUAUACCAGUAACCACUCCUACCCCCUCUGCUGCACCACCUCCUGCCCCAUCUGCUAUACCAGUAACCACUCCUACCCCCUCUGCUGCACCUCCUCCUGCCCCAGCACCCUCCCUGUGAGUCACAGAACAUGGUGGAGUACAGUGAGCAGCAAGGGGAGGGCAGGAGCCCUGCACGUUAACUUCGCUGGUGCCAACUUUCACCCCCACUUGAAAACACCAAUGUAACAUGGCCCGCUGGAUACCCACUAAGAGGGAGAAGUUCGGAGUGGCCAUCUACAACUUCCAAGCAACACAUGGAGAAGAGCUGAGCCUUCAGGUUGGAGACACGGUGCAGAUCUUUGAGACGUACGAAGGAUGGUACCGAGGAUUCACGUGGAGGAACAAAUCAAAGAAGGGCAUAUUCCCAGCUACUUAUAUUCACCUGAAAGAAGUGACUGACGACAGAGGGCACCAUGAGCCGGCGGUACUCAGCGAGCUUCCCCUGGUGCAGGAGCUUACCGGUACAUUGCGGGAAUGGGCGGUUCUCUGGCACUUCCUAUAUGUGCAAAAUCAGCGGCCCCUGUUCAUCCAGAUACAAGACAUGAUGACCCAACUCAUGGACUGGCGCUCGCAGAUCAUGUCGGGCACCCUUCCCAAGGAUGACUUAGCCGAACUGAGGAGAAAAGUGACAGCGAAGAUAGACUAUGGAAAUCGACUCCUUGGUUUGGAUCUUGUGGUCAGAGAUGAAAACGGGAAUAUCCUUGACCCAGACGAGACUAGCGUGAUCACCCUGUUCCGAUCUCAUGAGACGGCCUCUUGGCGAAUCGAUGAAUGGAUACAGGAAGAGAAGUCCCAGCUGCAGCCCCUGGAUUGCCGAACUCCAGCCAUGCUCCUUUUAGCUCACACCUACAGCUUAUAUGUCAACCUUAAGAACUUUGUAUGUAACAUGGGGGAAGACGCAGAAUUACUGAUGUGUCUUUAUGACCCAGACACCUCGCACUUCAUCAGUGAAAACUACCUGGUCCGCUGGAGUAGUUCGGGUAUGCCAAAGGAAAUAGAGAAACUCAACAACCUGCAGGCGGUGUUUACAGACCUCAGCAGUCUGGAUUUAAUACGUCAGCGGAUCAGCCUUGUAUGUCAGAUUGUACGAGUCGGACACAUGGAAAUGAAGGAUGGAAAGAAACAUACAUUUGGCUUGAGGAGGCCCUUCGGUGUUGCAGUUAUGGAUAUAUCAGACGUGACCCAUGGAAAAGUAGAUGAUGAGGAGAAGCAACAUUUCAUCCCCUUUCAUCCAAUGGCCAAGGAGAACUACAUCACCCAGCGGCAGCUCAUCAUGUCUCCUCUGAGCACUUCCAGGGCAUUGGCAGAAAAUGAACCACUGACCACCAUCUACAACAAGGUGAUCGCAGCCAAGGAAACCAACCACAAGGGGCAGGGACUCUGGAUUUCUCUGAAGCUUCUUCCCGGGGACUUGAAUCAGGUGCAGAAGGAAUAUUCUCAUCUGGUGGACAGAUCUACUGCUGUUGCUCGGAAGAUGGGUUUCCCAGAGAUCAUCCUGCCAGGAGAUGUUCGAAACGAUAUUUAUGUCACACUGAUCCAGGGGGAGUUUGAUAAGGGCAAAAAGAAAACUCCCAAAAAUGUGGAAGUCACAGUAUCUGUCCAUGACCUGGAUGGCAAUGUACUGGAGAAAGCCAUCAUUUCUGGAGCUGGACAGGAAGGACUACCAGAGUAUAAAUCUGUUGUGUAUUAUCAAGUCAAGCAGCCAAGCUGGUAUGAGACGGUCAAGGUCUCUAUACCCAUUGAAGAUGUCAGUCAUUGCCAUCUACGCUUCAAUUUCCGUCACCGCUCCUCUCAGGAAUCGCGGGACAAGUCGGAGAAGGUGUUUGGAGUGGCGUUUGUCAGGCUAAUGAACCAUGAUGGGACAACACUGAGGGAUGGAAUUCAUGACCUGAUCAUUUAUAAGGGGGAUAGCAAGAAGUCAGAUGAUGCCAAGAUGUAUUUAUUGCUUCCUGCUACUAAGGAGGAAGAGGAAGAAGUUCGUUCUCCAAGAGGACAUGCACCUAGCCUAACACCUACUAAGGACAGCUUCCAGAUUAGCACUUUGAUCUGUUCCACCAAGCUGACACAAAAUGUGGACUUACUUGGUCUCCUGAACUGGCGGUCUAAUCCAAGACCGAUAUCUCAAGCACUUCGCAAGCUCAUGGAAGUCGAUGGAAGUGAGAUCAUGAAGUUCCUUCAGGACACACUGGACGCUCUGUUCAACAUAAUGAUGGAGGGACAAGACAAGGAGAACUGUGACGUGCUGGUGUUUGACGCGUUGGUUUUCAUUAUUUCACUGAUCGCAGAUAUAAGGUUUCAGCACUUUAAUCCGGUCCUGGAGACCUAUAUCUCCAAGCAUUUCAGUACAACGUUGGCUUAUGAGAAGUUGAUCAAAGUGUUGACCUGGUAUGUGAGGAGCGCUGAUGAUCCAAGUCAAAGGGAGAUGCUCUUCUCAUCCCUUAAGGCCAUAAAGUACUUGUUUCGGUUUAUUGUCCAGUCCAGAGACCUGUACCUAAGGUUUUACGGUCAGGAGGAAGGAAAAGACCAGUUCAAUGACUCCAUACGGCAGCUGUUUCUCUCCUUCAAUGAACUAAUGGACCGACCAUUGAAGGAAGCCGUGAAGAUUAAGGCGGCUGCAUUGAAGUAUCUUCCAGGAAUUAUAAAUCACUUGAAAAAUGUCUUUGAUCCAGUGGAGCUGAGUGACCUCUUUGCCAAGUUCCUGCAGAGUGUUCCACCCGACCAACUCGUCCAUCAGACGCUGACCUGCAUGUGCAAAGUGGUGGAGAGCGACCUUUUUCUGCAACCAGAAUGUAGAGAUGCGCUUUUACCUCAUUUUAUUGACCAGCUGAGCGGACAACUGGAUGACAAUUAUAAUAAACCGGACUAUAAAGCCAGCGGACAGCUCCUCAGUAAUAUAUUAGAGGUUCUCCAGAACAAGGAGGCGUGUGAAUCCACACAACAUAUCCAGCUCAUCAUGGAGCGACUACUACGAAGAGUGAACCGGACAGUUAUUGGGAUGAGUCGCCAGUCACCAAAUAUAGGGUGUUUUGUAGCUUGUAUGACAGCUGUUCUCCGACAGAUGGCAGAUUAUCACUAUGAUCACUAUAUCAGCACUUUCAAGACACGUCAAGACAUCAUUGAUUUCCUCAUGGAAACAUUUAUCAUGUUCAAGGACCUCAUUGGAAAACGAGUUUUCCCAAGGGACUGGAUGCUGAUGAACAUGACUCAGAACAAGGUGUUCCUUCGAGCCAUGAACAGGUUCUCGGUAGUUCUGAACAAGUUCUUCCUGGAUCAGACCAACUUUGAGCUGCAGCUUUGGAAUAACUUCUUUCAUUUGGCCGUGUCGCUGUUAACCCAUGAGUCUCUGCAGCUGCACAAGUUCUCGCAGGAGAAGCGGCACAAGAUCUUGUGCAAAUAUGGGGACAUGAGGAAAGAGAUUGGCCUGAAGAUCAGGGACAUGUGGUAUAAUCUAGGACCUCACAAGAUUAAAUUCAUCCCUUCCAUGGUGGGACCAAUCCUUGAAGUAACCCUAACUCCAGAACCUGAUCUUCGUAAGGCGACAAUACCCAUCUUCUUUGACAUGAUGCAGCAUGAACAUAACUUCAGUGGUAGCGGUCAUUUCCAUAUGUUUGAGAAUGAGCUGAUCACACGUCUGGAUCAGGAGGUGGAAGGAGGACGAGGAGACAGACAGUACAAAGAUCUUCUGGAGAAACUCUUGUUGGAACACUGCAGGAAACACAAGUAUCUGUCCAGUUCUGGGGAGGUGUUCACCGUCCUGGUGAGCAGCUUGUUGGAGAACCUUCUUGACUAUCGCACGAUCGCCAACGAUGAGAGUGAAGAGAACCGGAUGAGCUGCACUGUUAACCUGCUGAACUUCUAUAAAGAGAAGAAGAGGGAGGACAUUUAUAUUAGGUAUGUGUACAAACUGAGAGAUCUGCACCUCAGCAAGGAGAAUUACACGGAGGCGGCAUAUACCCUGCAGCUCCAUGCCGAACUGCUGCAGUGGUCAGAUAAACCUUGCGCCCCUCACCUGUUGCAGCGAGACAGCUACACGGUGUACACGCAGCAGGAGCUGAAGGAACGGCUGUACUUGGAGAUUAUAUCCUUCUUUGAUAAAGGCAAGAUGUGGGAACAGGCGAUCAUACGCAGCAAGGAGCUCAUCGAGAUGUAUGAAAACCAGAUCUUCCACUAUGAGCCCCUCAGCGUCCUGCUGAAUAAACAAGCCGGCUUCUACCAGAACAUCAUGCGCUCCUUGAGGUUACAGCCGGAGUACUUUGCUGUGGGGUACUAUGGUCAGGGGUUCCCUUCCUUCCUGAGGAAUAAGAUUUUUGUAUACCGGGGAAAGGACUAUGAGCGACUUGAAGAUUUUAACCUUUGGCUUCUGACUCAAUUCCCCAAUGCAGAGAAGCUUUCCAGCAGUUCCCCUCCAGGAGAUGACAUCCGAAACUCUCCCAAGCAAUACGUGCAGUGCUUCAGCGUGAGACCAUUGAUGAACCUUCCGCCACGAUAUAAGGACAAGCUGGUGCCUGAACAGAUUCUCAGUUACUAUCGCUUCAAUGAGGUGCACAGUUUUUCCUACUCUCGGCCGUUCCGACGAGGAGAGAAAGAUCCUGACAAUGAAUUUGCUACAAUGUGGAUCGAGAGGACUACGUUCACUACGGCAUAUAGACUUCCCGGCAUCCUGAAGUGGUUCGAAGUAAAGCACUUACACACGGAAGAGAUCAGCCCAUUACAGAAUGCCAUAGAGACAAUGGAGCUAACCAAUGAGAAGAUAAAUCAUCUGGUCCAGCAGCACAAGGCAGACCCCAGCCUUCCUCUGCACCCACUAUCUAUGCUGCUCAAUGGUAUCGUGGACCCUGCCGUCAUGGGAGGAUUCGCCAACUACGAAAAGGCCUUCUUUACUGAGCGCUACCUUCAAGAACAUCCUGGAGACCAGGACAAGAUAGAACUCCUCAAACAGUUGAUAGCUCUGCAGAUGCCUCUCCUGGCUCAAGGAAUCCGCAUUCAUGGAGAGAAAUUAACAGAGAACCUCCGGCCUCUUCAUGACAGACUUGUGUCCUGUUUCCACGAACUUAGGGGGAAGGUAGAAAAGCUAUAUGGGACAAUCACUUUGCCUUCCAGUUUGACAGAUAGAAAGCUAAGUCGUGCCGGCUCUGUGGUUGUUCCAUAUAUCACAUCGGCCACACUACGAAGGUUGUCCACUGUAUCGUCUUCUUCUUCAGGGAGUGGUAGCUCCAGACCAGGCUCAGAAGGUUCACUUCCAGAACCUGUACCUCCUCGCCGUGGAUCCCUCAUCUCCCGACAUGAAGAACACAAUGACCGAGAAGAUGGUGACAUCAGGAUGAUGAGGCUGAAGCAUAAUGUCAGCCAGUCUCAAACAAUCACAGAGCGACCUGGGGAGAGGGAGGUGUCUUCCCAGAGCUUGUCCACCAAGAUGCGCCCAAAGAGUCUUCAGCUUUCAGAUGGCCGCCUCACCCUCAGCACUAGCUCAACAAAUCAAGGAAUAACACCCCUUACUCCUACCCCUAUCACUCCUAGAACCCCCAGAACCCAUAGGUUUUCCAUCACUGGUCUACACAUGGCGAUGUUUGCAUUACAAAUUUUUGGGUCACCACCUCCACCACCUCCUAAAAGCAGAUCCAAUGAGGGUACCCAGCGCCUUUCCACUGAGAUACCUCCACCAUUGCCAAGAAGGGAAGAAGGAAAGCCACCAACACCGCCUCCAAAGGCUAGGAAAUCAAGUGUAAUUCAUGAACCUGGAUUGUGAUGGGCCUGAAAAGGAACAUCUCAUAAACCCUUAAAGACUGAUAUACCUUCCGAAGGUUUACACCAAUCUUAACCACUCUGGUGGGUCUACCAAGUCAGGAUGUCUUGGCUGUACAAUAUUGAGGCAUAGUCUUAUGGAACAAUAGCCGGUCUAUUGCGUGUAUGUUCUAAUUCCUAAGCUAAAUGAAGAUUUUAUUCUAUCAAAGAGAAGACUGAUCAUAAAUUCGGAGGGACGUCCUCUCCGUACAGAUAGCUCUUCCUUUGUCGAGAUAGUCUGGAAGACGUCUUUAAAUGUUAAUAAUGUAAUCACAAUUUGUACAUAUGGGACUUGAUACUAUUGUAACAAAAAAAGACCUCAAACUACUUUUAUCUCA